CCUGCUUUUGGAUAUUACCUCAGGAGACUCCACAGUUUUUCAUCAGUGUGGACUGGAAUGUGAACAAAGUAACGCAGCCAACCAGACAAGAGGUGAACAAAACUAUGAUUCCUUUCCUAAUUCCGAAACUGCACAACGUCAGGAUUUCUCACUAGCGCCCAGAACACUGACUCUGUCGGCCUGGCCUACUGAGGGGACGCUUUUUGGGACCAAUGCAGACCCCCCCUCAGUUCCUCACUGUCAGUGCCUGUGCGUGGGUCAGCAGUUUUUGUCGCUUUCGGGGUAUUGGAACCAGUGAAAAUUUGGACGUGCUAGAAAAGAUGUCAGUCAGCGUCCAUGAAAACCGCAAGUCCAGGACGAGCACGGGCUCCAUGAACAUUUCGCUCUUCCACAAGCCGUCUCAUCCAGACAGUGUGCUCACCCACCUCAAUACCCUGCGCAAACAGUGCAUGUUCACAGAUGUGACACUAUGGGCAGGCGACCGCUCUUUUCCCUGUCACAGAGCUGUGCUUGCCGCUUGCAGUCGCUACUUUGAAGCCAUGUUUAGCGGUGGCCUCCGUGAGAGCCUUGACAAUGAGGUUAACUUUCGAGACAGUGUUCACCCAGAAGUGCUGGAGCUGCUUUUGGACUUUGCUUACUCCUCACGUGUCAUCAUCAACGAGGAGAAUGCAGAGUCACUUCUCGAGGCUGGAGAUAUGCUGCAGUUUCAUGACAUCCGUGAUGCAGCAGCAGAAUUUUUAGAGAAGAAUUUGCAUGCCUCAAACUGCUUAGGGAUGAUGCUGCUCUCCGACGCCCAUCAGUGCAAGCGACUUUAUGAGCUGUCGUGGAGGAUGUGCCUCAUCCACUUUGAGACACUUCGAGACACUGAAGACUUCUGCGGGCUUUCGAAAGACAAGCUUUUGGAUCUCAUCCUUAGCGAUGAGCUGGAGGUUGAAGAUGAACAAGUUGUGUUCAACGCAGUCAUGCGCUGGGUAAGGUAUGACCUAGACAGCCGGAGAGACUACCUUCCUGAACUGUUGCGAGGACUACGCCUUGCACUGCUACCCUCAGAAUGCCUCAUUGAGGCCGUGGCAUGUGAGGAACUCGUAAUGUCAGAUAAAAGGAGCCGACAGAUUGUCGAUGAGGCCAUGCAGUGCAAGAAAAAAAUUCUGCAGAAUGACGGUGUUGUCACCAGCCCAUGCGCUAGGCCUCGCAAAGCUGGGCACACGCUGCUCAUUCUUGGCGGACAGACAUUUAUGUGCGAUAAGAUCUACCAAGUGGAUCACAAAGCAAAAGAGAUCAUCCCUAAAUCUGAUCUUCCCAGUCCCAGGAAGGAGUUCAGCGCAUGUGCCAUUGGCUGCAAAGUUUACGUGACGGGAGGAAGGGGGUCGGAAAAUGGAGUGUCGAAGGAUGUUUGGAUAUAUGACACAGUACAUGAAGAAUGGUCGAAAGGUGCCCCUAUGCUAAUUGCACGUUUUGGACAUGGCUCGGCUGAGCUUGAAAACUGCCUUUAUGUUGUUGGGGGUCACACUGCUAUAGCAGGUGUCUUCCCAGCCUCCCCGUCAGUAUCUCUUAAACAGGUUGAGCGGUAUGACCCCCUAACUAACAAAUGGACAAUGAUGGCACCACUUAGGGAUGGUGUCAGCAAUGCAGCAGUGGUCAGCGCCAAACUAAAGCUCUUUGUGUUUGGUGGAACAACCAUACACAGAGACAAAGCUUCAAAGGUCCAAUGCUAUGACCCUGUUGAGAACCGUUGGACUAUUGCUGCCGAAUGCCCACAACCCUGGAGAUACACCGCCGCUGCUGUUCUUGGCAGCCAGAUAUUCAUAAUGGGUGGUGAUACGGAGUUCACCGCAGCGUCCGCUUACCGAUUCGAUUGCGAGACCAAUCAAUGGACGCGUGUUGGUGAUAUGACUUCUAAAAGAAUGAGCUGCCAUGCUGUGGCCUCUGGUAAUAAACUCUAUGUGGUCGGGGGAUACUUCGGUACACAGCGGUGUAAAACCCUGGAUUGUUAUGAUCCAACGUCAGAUAGCUGGAACAGUAUCACUACCGUGCCUUAUUCUCUGAUUCCAACUGCAUUUGUUAGUACCUGGAAACAUCUUCCUGCCUAGAUGCCUCCAAUUGAAGUGUAUGGAUCUGAUCUAGGUGCCCUGGUCUUCUAGCCACACUGAAUGGACGACAGCAGGGCUGGAUUGUCAUUGGCUGGCCUGAAGCACCUCUGUUGGGUGGGUGUGGUGUGGCUGCGGUCGGUCACGGCCACUCUCGAAAACAAACCAUCUAUCCACUGCUGAGAGGAGCCACAGAGAAGAGUUGAAAAAUCUCCAGAAGAGAGGCCGCAAAGGCCUUCUCCCUACAGCACAACGCUAACUCAUGCCAUGCUUGUUCAUUGCCAAAUCAGAGGCACAAGGACACAAUACACACUUACGCCAAUACCUCCCCUUUGGAAACUCUUUUGCAAUCCAUGGAGGUCAAGAACAUUCCAGUGAACUAUGAUAAAAAGACAACUAAAGCAUGAUUUCACUUCGUGAAACUUUCUUCUUCACUUUGAUUGGCAGUCCAGCAUGUUCAUGUUCGUGUUUCUUCCAAAAACGCCUUACGGACAUUGCAUUUAAAACAAAACAUCUGAAACAUCUACAGAAAUGCAGAACAUCCCCAUGGGAACGUGCAAGUUUACUCGAGCAGGAUGUAAAAUGCCUGUGGUACUUCUAUUUAAGUAUCUAUGAAAUGGAUUUUAACAUGGAACUUGUAUAGAUUCUACAGCACAAUGUAUAAUCGAGGACUUCCUCGCGUUUUAAGAUUUCUUGAAGGUUUAAACAUUUGAUAAAUGCAUUUUAAUUUAUGUGUUUGUGACGAAACAAAGCAGUAAAAGAAAAAAAUUGCACAUGAUGAGUACGUAAUGGAUGAUGAGGGUGUUGAUGUUGGCUACCAUUUUCCUUUGUAAUUAAAUGCUGGAUAAUCUUUAAAAGAAUAUUCUGGGUUUAAUGCAAGUUAAGCUCGGUCGACAUACUUUGUAGCAUAAUGUUGAUAGUUCCUCUUUCGGUUCAAAAAAAAUAUAAUAAUAAUGCAAAACCAUACAAUGGGGCCAUUUAGUAAACUAAAGUUCUCACUGCUUCUGUAGUACAGUCACAAGAUGUAAAUAUGCAUGUGAAAAUGAUUUUAGUGUAAAUAACUUAGAAUUGCUUUAUAGUUUCAAUAUGAAAAUACAGGUUGUAACAACAGAAAUUAAAUGUUUUGAUAAGAUACACUUACACUAAAAUACAUAUUUCUGAUUCUACGUCUAUUCACUUAGUCCCCAUUGUAACAUCCGUUUUUGCCAGUUUUCAAAUUUUUCACGUAACACCUUUGUACAUCUUCAGAGCACAAAUGCAGAUAUUUUUGAUGAAUUCAGAGAACUUUAUGACUCCGAUAGCAACGCAACUGACAUGUUCAAGGCCCAAAGUAGUACGGACAUUAUUGAAAUAGUAUCAGUGGUUCAACCAUAAUGUUAUGGAGCUAUGAGAAAAGAUAAUAAAUAAAAUGCAUUAAUUCAACGAUUUUUUUCCCCUCUUCCCCAGAUGCUCUGCACAUGCGUACUGUUGUGGAUGUGAACGCCGACACAAGAAAUUGAGUAAAGUCAUUAUAUUUGUUUUCUUUGCACACAAAAAGUACGCUCAUAGGUUUGCAAAAUUACAGUUGAACCACUAAUGUUUGAACAAUGACCUUGCUACGUCACUGGGUCCUGAGCGUGGCAGUUGCAGGGUCAAAAAGCUCUCAAGUUUCAUCAAAAAUGUGUUCCGCAGGUGAAUGAAGGUCCAACGGGUUUGGCAAGAGAGUGAGUACUUGUGCAUUUGCAGUAUUUUCAUUUUUGGGUGAACCAUGCCUUUAAAGAAAAUGAGGGACAAGUAAUUUUUUAAUCAUUAAUUGAUUGAGCUUAAUUAGCAUUAAACCCGGAAUAUUUCUUUCAGAACAAUUAUUGUUGAAGGUUGGUUUUCUUGCUCACUUACAGUCUUAAAGCUCUUGAAAAGGGAUCUGAAUUUGAAUUGUGUUUUUGGGGUGGGGGGGGUGUUAUCUUCUGUAGUAAAUGACUCACAGCUAAACAUUUCCAUUUGAAGGGGACUUUCUGGGAUUAUGCAGCAGAUCCCACAGGCGUCCUUGUGAACUGAAUUCCUGGUGCCUAAUACCGGUAGACGUGUUUGUUGCUCAUUCAGUCAGUUGAAGGGUUUGAAUAAAUGAUUUUUUGAUGCUUGCA